UAAUGCUCUCUGCAAUUCACACUGAAAAUACGUGCACAGACUGCCACGUCGCCCCCGAAAUCACGUAUCAGUGCACUGAUCAAUGCAUUGUCGUGGCAUGCACGGCAAACGAACAGCAAGCCCCUGCUUGCAGCGAGGUAUCCUGUGCGGGAGACCAUUGCCAAGUCGUCUGUGAAGACGGCGAAUGCGAUGGACUCGACGAAUUCUUGCAAUGCUGCACAGAUUUCCACGCAUACUACGAGGAACCCCGACAUAACCCGGAUGCAAGAUGGGCCUGGGACCCAUGUCUCAAGAAUUUUAUGUGCUCUUGUGAAGCAGGCUCUCAUUCUGAAGCUCACACGCCUCACGGUGCCAUGCACACUCAUAUUGACGAGCCUAGCGAUACAUCCACGCGGAGCUCUCCGAUAUCCUCGACCCCCUCCUCUCAAGCCGAUCUGGAUAAUAUGCUCACCUCGGCAUGCAUGUGGGGUGACUGUGCAGACCGAUUCAACGGUCCUCUGGAUCUCGCAGAGCACGUCAACGUCGCACACUUGCCUGGCAAGACGCACUACGAUCCCCCUGCAAUGGCGUGCCAAUGGAAGGAUUGUAGCGUCUAUCCGACGCCCUAUUCGAUGCCUGGCCCUUCAUCGGGUGACUUUGACACUUUCUUUGGAUUGCUGUCUUCGCAUCUGCUCCACGACCAUUUGGGGCUGGGCUAUGUCCCCGAAUGCGGCGAGCACCACCACCACUCGAAAAGCUCUGUCGAGGAGACUGCGCCAGCCCCGACGGCUGCCGUGGCAGAACAUGUCUGCCGAUGGGCAUUGUGCGGGGAAUCAUUUACUUCUUCUGAUGACCUCACACAACAUCUGGCAAAUGCCCACGUCGGUUCUGGAAAGAUGGCGUAUGAUUGCUUUUGGGGGGACUGUAGUCGACACGGAGACAACGGUUUCACAAGCAAGCAGAAGCUCAGUCGUCAUCUCCAGUCGCACACCAAGCACCGCCCGUUCCAAUGCCAGAUUUGCAUGCAGCACUUUUCUGAGGCUGCUACGCUGCAACAACACAUGAGAAGACAUACAUUGGAGAGGCCGUUUGUGUGCGACCAUCCCGGGUGCGGGAAAUCCUUUGCGAUUGCAGGCGCCUUGACCAUCCACAAACGAACACACAACGGGGAGAGGCCCUUUAAAUGCCCUCAAUGUGAUAGACACUUUGCUGAAUCAUCGAACCUCUCCAAGCAUCUGCGGACGCACACUGGAGAGAGACCACACAAAUGCACGGAGCCAGGGUGUAUCAAAUCGUUUGCACGCGCAGACCAGCUGACGAGACACAAACGGGUUCACCGCAAAGUGGGCAACUAGUUGCUCGUACAUCAACAUGUGUAUGUAUGCGCUAGUGUACAGUACGAAAGAAAAGGCAUAGUAAUAGAGAUUAAAGAGACAUUAAAUCGCACACUCUUCACCGAGGUGUGCUGUCGCACGAACGGCUGCAACCCGGUCGCUCACAUCAGUGAACCAUGCCUGAGCCUUGAGUGCGCGUUUUUCGCUGUCCUCAGCGUUCUUGACUUCCUUCCCCCUCUCUUCCAUCGCACUCCGGAAUCGUUCACGCAGAUCCCACGAUGCCAAGCGCAGCACCUUGCGAGUCUCGCGACCGAUCCGGAUGACGUGCUGCGACUCCCAUUGCAGCUCGGUUUCGUUCUCGUCCUCAACCGCAGCCCGGAUGCGCCGACCAAUGGUCCGGGGAAUGCUGCUCGGGAGCUCGAGUACAACGUAGACGACCGCGCCGAUAGUCACAGCCCCGACAGCGGGGAGCGCCCAUUUACGUGCUGUCUCGUUGGCGAACAAAUCGCUCAGACGCAAGAACCCUUCGAUCGCACCUCGGAGGCCAACCGCUUGCCCGCCGACCAUCGUCAAGGCACCCACACCCACACCGACGAGACCAAGCGCACUCGGCGAGGCAUCGGCGUCCGUCGAUUUGGAGUCUCCGAAGUGCACCAGGAACUGGUGGUUGACGUCAAACAGGUCCAGGAACGUCGUCUCCUGCAUGUCGGGUCGCGAAACCAGGCCGAUACCCAGGCCCUGUGCACCGCCGGCCACGACCACUGCACGAUGCUUCUGAGCACCGGAAGAGCGGCCACGGCGGACAGCAGAGAACAUCGCCUCCGGCAUAAAGACUCGACGGCUGCGCUCAACUCCGAUAGGCAGGUGCACUUCGCCAAGAUUGCGGAUCUGAGUGACACCAUCGGAUGUUACGUCACGCGCCUCGUCUUCAGCAAGCUUGACGGAACGGUCGAGAGACUCCAGCAGACUGCGCCGAACAUCACGGGCGUAGUCGAAAACGGCGAGGAGGCCAGGGUAUGACGGCAAGAGCACACCGGCAGCGGCCUUACCCGAUCCGACAGCUGCCAAAGCGUCAUCGAGAAUCUUCCGGGCCUUGUCCGAAGCCUCAGAAACACCGGCGUCCUCGACAGCCUCCAGACCUUCUUCCAGAUGAUCGCGGCCAGCCCGCAUCUUGUCCAGUACAGGUUUGGCUUCCGCGAGAUUGGCCCGCGCGGCCUCGAGUUCAGCAGCGGCAACGAGCUUGUUCGCCGAAGAGAGAAGUUCGAGAUCGCUCAGCAAGUUGAGCAAGAAAGUCUCCACAGGCUGCAGCUUGGACUUGGCGCGCUUCGUGAGCACAAAGGACCGCAGCGCAGACUCCAUCUCCUUGAAGGCAAAGGGGUCUUUGGGCUCGGCGCCCUCGGCAGCAGCCGCGGAGUCAACGAAAUGCACCAGAUCCUCGGCGUCUUCGAACGUUCGAGGACUGAGGCCCUUGAUCUGGUCCAGAACCACCCGCCGACAUUUGUCCUUGUUCCGGAUCAUGUCAUACUUGUUGACAACGAUGAACAAGUAUGCUUUCUCGUUGCUCGCGGUCCAAAGGAACUCCUUGGCCGAGAGCGUGAAGUGGUUCUCAGCCGACACGACAAAGACGACAACGUCAAUCUCCUCCUGUCGAGCGAACAGAGCGGUUGUCUUCAGCGAGUCGCGGUUGAGACCCGGAGCAUCGAUAAGGGAGAUGUUGACGGUCCCGUUGGAGAGAAGCGAAGUCUGAUCCUUGCCGGCCAGAUAAACCUUCACGAGCUGGUCGGAACCUUUGGCCUCAUGCUCUGCGACCAGUUCCUCCAGAUCCUCCAGCUUGCAGGUGUCAAAAGUGCUCUCAUCGAGCGGGUUGUACGAAGCGCCGUCCUUGACGAUAUGAACGGCUUCGACGCCACCGUUCUCCGUAGCAUCAUGAACUUCGGUGAAUGCAGUGGUGCAAGGCUGCUGAUCCACAGGCAUGACCUCACGGCGCAGCAGGGCGUUAACGAGUGUAGAUUUUCCAGCGUUCAGGUCACCGGUGACCAACACUUUGGAAGAAGUGUCCUGAACUCUCAGGCGGAGCUUGUCGAUAUGAGCGAUAGAUUUGCCCAGUCGCUCAUCCAAAAGGUGGGCAAUCGACGACUUCUCAAGCUGAGAAACGAGCGAGCUCGCGGAGCUGGCAGAUGAGGAACCAAGCUUGAGGUCCAAUCGCAAGACAUGGAAGUCAGAGGAGAAAGGUGCGGGGUCGGCUGAUUCUUCAUCUAAGCACUCCGGUUCGUCCGUCUUCGCCUCGAGCACGGAAGCAAGAGUAGUCGAACGGUUGAGACCCAUACGAACGGGGGUCGUCACGGUGGGAUCAUCGGCGAACGAGAGAGAGCGUCGGAGAGAACCGGGCGGCCGAGUGGUGUCCUCUUGGAGCUGUGGGUAGCGCAUUACCCAGUGCUCCUUGUUGAAACCUCGGACAUCGUUGAGAAUAGUCUUGGUGGAAUCUAUGGCGUCUACAAGACUAACAGCCGAAUAAAUAAAUGUCAUAACAACGGGGAGAGGCAGGCUUACCGGUCUUUAUGUUGAUUAUAGGCGCCUUGCACAUCAUCUGCCUUGGCCGUGGGACCCGGAGAUAACGUAGAAUGAGACAUGUAUAUGUUUGAGAUAGCCUGAAGGCCGCCACUUGGGACUGCGUUCAACUUAUUGAUCGUUUGUGGUGGGAAUGAGA